AUGAAUGGAAAUACUCAGAGGAAAGAAGGCUCUUCAAUAGAUAUUCCGUGUUACUCUUUUACGGCGUUCAAACUCCGAUAUGGUACCGCCAACAGAUUGAAUAGAACGACAACCAUAAUCUCGCUUGGACCAAUUCCUAGAUCAUGGUUAUUCUAUAAACAAUCUGCCCUGCUAUCAACUUUGCACAAGAUAGGUGAGAAGACUGACGGCUCUUUUGCAAGAUCUACUGAAAUGUUCGACAACGUUGCUCGUAAUUUUGGAUUUAGGUCCAGUCGACAGGCCUCAGGCAGAACCUCCUCUGGUAUGUCCAGUGAUUUCUCCGAUUCAACGCAGUUGAUAGACAAUGCUAGCACCAUGAGUUCAGAUUCAGUGACGAUCCAUGAUCAUCCAGAGGGAAAUUUGACGGUCUCGUCCCGAGAACAGGAGCAAAGGAACAGAAAUCAUGGUGUCAUUCGUCGCCAUCCAGAUGGCACUUCUGGUUCCCUCCUUGGCAGAUCUCGUACCCGGAAACCCAAUAGUCACAGAGAUCCCACCAAAACUCUUGGGUGGUCCAAUGAUGACUUCUUAGCAUUCAAUCAGAAACUUUCUUCCCGUUCCAACCUGGGGAAUGAUGGGGCAAAGAAUGCCACAAACAAUUUGUACUCACACAAGCAUUUAUAUCGUGAUAUCGCGAAAGCGCGUAUCAUGGGUAAAGAAGUUCGAAAUGCAGAAGAUGUUUCCUCCAAUGCCUCUUUCGUUACCGCUAAUGAGUUCAUCUACUCCACACCCCAGGCUAGACAACCACAAGAUUCCAGCUCCCACAGUGGUAUUAAUGACACUUCUCUUGGUUCGUAUGAUACAAUAAUGGCAUCUCAAAGGGAAACUGGUACAGAAAAAGCUGCUGCCCCAACGACAAUGGUGAAGUCCGUGACUUUUUCUACAUCAGCCAAAAAAAACCACUCUCCCAAAAAGAAGAAACUCAUGGAGGUAGAGCUGCUGAAUCCUGAGGAGCAUGUUGGAGUUUUAGAUACAAACGAUCAACAGCAAAGUCACUCCCACUUUAGAGACCUCUAUGAGCAGUUGAAUGAGGAAAUGAUCACCAUUUUUGACAAACUCCAGCAUAGAACUGUCGGUGCUCGCCAUAGAAUCAAUAAUGAAUACUCCAAGAUUGAACAACGGCGAAAGCUGAGAAGAAUGUUUCAAGAAUUUUCUGCCGGCAAUAUAGUUAAGAUGGAGAAGAUGCUUGUUACAGUCAUCAUGAAGGAGACAAGAUAUGAAGCUGAAGGUCCCUCAAGGCUAGUUGAGAAAUGGAAAGAGUAUAUUGUUGUGGCACGCUCUACAGGUAAUCAUGAAUAUCCUAUCGUGCUCCAAUUCUUCAAAAAGCGAAACAUCCGUUUUGUGGACAUAGAAGGGCUUACUCAAUUUGAUGAUGAAGAAUCAGUGUUUGAGGAUGUUUAUCAAAAGAAGUCCGCGAGAACUUCGCGUUCACAUCUGGAAUUUGACGUCCUUUUAUCGAUCUCUGAUACGAGAAUCAGAUUUCGAAACGUCUUGGAUAAAACCAUUUCGAUCUCAAAAGUGAUGAGAAAGCACAGGGAUUUUGAGUACAUCCUUCUUCCUCAAACUCAAUCAUCGGCCACUCGGUGGCUUAGUUUUUUCAACACUGUCUUAAAAAGUCAAUCAAGAGAGGAGCAGAAGACUCUUUUACUCAAGAUUCCAGAUCUUGAUUUGUCGCUGACAAUCAAAAAUUUAUCCAGGCAUUUGCGCCCUGAAGAUUAUUGUAUCAAGGAGGAUAAUUUCAAAAUUGAAAUGCUAGAGAACGGGUAUAGUGUUCCUCGCUCAAAUGCAUUCAAUAAAUUAGUGGAUACAAUAGUUGCUCAGUUGCUGAUCUUGAACGAUAAAGGAUGCCUUCCGCCAAGAGGAAACAAAUUUAUAAGUAAUUUACCCUACAGGAAACAUCUUUUGGCUUUCGCUGCCAAGAAAUACGAUCGUUUGGAAUGGAUGGUUGGUGAGUCGGAGAAGUUACUUCAAGCUACAUGGCUGAUUCUCAGUAAUACGCAUGACAUAGAAUUGAGAGAGUUAAAACACGAACCACUGGCCCUGAUGAAUGAACCCUUGGUGGAACCGAGACCAGUGGAAGGCUUUUUAGUUCUCCUAUCCAACAGGAGGGGAACGCUCAAGUCUUCUUUUGGUCGAAAUUACUUUAAGCUGCACUAUUUUAGCAGCUUUGAUAAUCUUCUCAUGUUUCAAGACUUUCAUACUGCAGUUCCUCCUUUCGAGGAUUCCAUGACUGAUAUAAUGAGCCCUUUGGGGAGAGUUUUAGAUGAGAAAGAACUGACAGAAAAAGUGCAUUCUAGAAACUUAUAUUUUGAGAAAAGUCCAUUUCCUUUAGCUCCUUCUAAUCCUUCUCAUAUAUCUUGGUUGAGGCCUGGUAUCUCAAAAGAAGAAUUUGACAAACGAGACAUGGAUGCCUUAUAUGAGGCAGAAAGACGAGCGUCCAUUAUUGUCAAUUGCAAAGGAACGAUUGACCUGUGCAACGUUUCUGAAAUCAAUUGUAUCCCUACUUCCGAGGUCCCAAAUGUUAUCCGGUUGGCUGGGUCGCUUGCAUGGGGUUAUCAGCAAAGCCGAUUGGAUGACGAGAGUUAUGUUGACUCUGUUUUCGAACUGAUACUAAAGUCUGGCUGUCGAAUCCGGCUUCAGGCUUGUAAUAGAAAAGUUAGAGACCAAUGGGUUUUCAACCUUCUUCAGCUUCGUGAAUAUUGGGUCAAGAAGAAGCAGGAAGAGUUGAAACGUAUCAUCAAUCUACGGGAGAAAAAUAUCAUAGCUACACAUCUUCCGGAUGACAAAUACGAGUCUAUUUUAACUGUUGAUGACAACCCGAACAAAUGGGAGCUUUCCAAAGCGCACACGGAUCCAUAUGUUCAUAAUAUAUCAUCUCUGUCGGUAGAAAAGCCUUUGAUGAUGAGUGGAGUGCUAUACCAAAAAAGAAAGAAGCACAAAAGCUUCAAAACGUUUCUUGUUCUACUAUGUCCAGGAUUUCUUGUGCUUUACGAUAUGUUCAACAGAAGUUUCAAGUCAGGAACUAUCAAGCAAACUGCAUACUAUAAGCACUAUACAACAAUCAGCCUAGGGAACUGUUACGUUUUUUGCGAUUCCACAAAUGACUUGGAUGUUUCGAUUCGCGAUUCCACAUUGAGUGAAGUUUCGCCUGGAAGCCACCAGGUUCCGCGAAUCUACUCAGAUGGAUGGAAAAGCAGCGAGGACGAGCACUGUCGCCGAUUUACGAUAUGGUUUGGAUCAAAAAGAGUCAUGAUGAGAAAAAACAAUUCAAAAAGAGUGAUUUUGAAUGACCAGCACCUUGAUUACUCCUCUGACGAUGAUGAGGAGACAGAGUCCGAAAGCGAUAGAAUGAGUUUGCAUGACCGGGGUAAAAUGCUGAAGACCGUAUCUCGUCUAGGAGUGACCGGUCAUAGUAUGGUAUUUUUGGCUAGAUCGCGGGUUGAACGUGAUCUGUGGGUGACUAAGCUUCUCAACGAGGUUGAGCGCUUCAGAAUUGUUGACGACGAAGAAGUCCAAUUGUCUUAA